AUGCGCAUACGUCUGCCCUUUGCAGGUGUCUUCCUGCUGUUGCUCAUGAUAGCAGGAUAUGCCGGCCUUAGCAAGCUUCAAAUCGGACAAUACGUCAACGACAAAGCUUUACACGCCGGAACCUUCUUCCUGCUCACAAUUGUAUUCUACUGGAUCGUCGACACCAAUCGCCGCCGAACGCUGAACAUGACACUGGUUGUUUGCACAUUGUGCCUUGGCGUGGGUUCCGAAUUCUUGCAGAGCUUCCUCCCCAACGACCGCGACUUUGACUUGUACGAUAUCGUGGCGAAUGUCGUCGGCAGCUUGCUUGGCCUGGGUUUGUGCUCGUGGUACCACAAGCGCAUGCUGGAACGUAAGCGACAACGAAAAUCGUACAAUCCCGUCCCGGGUGAAGACGAGGAAGACGUGGAGUUGGGUCAAGGCCAGGAGAGUGGUGUUAUUGAAGCUGGGCCUUCGAGAGAACGCACGUUGGAGGAAGAGGUGGACAACUGGGAUGAAAAUGCUCCGGAUGACUGGGAUGAGGAAGACGGACCACAGGCUACGGCCGCUCCCGCUGCCACAAGUACAGAACCUGAUACAGCGGACAUUGGCGACGCAAAGAAACGAACGGAUUAG